AUCGUCAUCAGCAGCAUCGUAAUCCCUACUGCCACGGACAGUGACGUCACCAUGACCAUCCUCUUUUCCCCCCCUCUCUCAUCCUCUGCGCAUCCCUCUCCACCACACCCAAUCACCUCCACCCCCGCCCAUCAGAUCGUCAUCAGCAGCAUCGUAAUCCCUACCGCCACGGAUAGCGACGUCACCGUGACCAUCCUCUUCUUCCCCCCGCUAGACGACCCCGGGUGGCAGCAAGAGCCCGCCCGGACCUACAAAAAGAGGAUCCCGAGUCUCUUUGACGCCCACAAGCUCCUCCUACUGGGCUCUGCCAUGGGGCCAUACACCAUCCAGGGGUUCUACGGCCCAGAUGACCCUCAUGCCAACGUCACAUCACCGGCACCACCAGCGCCAGGGGGGAUAACAGUUGCGGUAGUGGUGGGUAUAGUGGCAGGGGGAGUGGCGAUUCUUGCACUGCUGCUCGUGGGGCUUACCUGGCUGCUGCUUCACCGUCAGAAAAGGCGAGACGAGUAUCUCCCCUCUCCCCACACUGGUGGCGAGGCGAUCAAGGGGCUUAAACCGGUGGGCGUGCAGUGGUUCAGGCUGGCAGAGCUGGCAGAUGCGGGCUGGCGGUUCAGGCUGACUGACUGGUGGGGGGAGGAGGACUAUGAGGCGAUAGAGGGGCUGAACCUGGUGGGCGUGCAGCGAUUCAAGCUGGCGGAGCUGGCAGAUGCGACCCAGGGGUUCAAGACACUGCUGGGGGAGGGCGGAUACGGACAGCUCACCCCAGCUCACCCCACCCCACCUCAUCCCACCCCACCCCAUGCCACCCCACCGCACGCCCAACAGGUGUAUCACGGGCAGUUGCCAUCAGGGGAGAAGGUGGCGGUCAAACGGGCAAAGCCAGGCGUGCAGGUGAACGGCAAGGAGUUUCGCAACGAGAUAGAGCUGUUGUCGGCAGUGCGGCACCGCAACCUGGUGCUGCUGAGGGGCUUCUGUGUGGAGGCAGGGGAGCAGCUGCUGGCGGGGGAGCAGCUGCUGGUGUAUGAGUUUAUCGAGAAAAACGACCUCCUUCCAUUCACUCCUUCCAUUCACUCCUUCCAUUCACACCUUCCAUUCACUCCUUCCAUUCACUCCUUCCAUUCACUCCUUCCAUUCACUCCUUCCAUUCACUCCUUCCAUUCACUCCUUCCAUUCACUCCUUCCAUUCACUCCUUCCAUUCACUCCUUCCAUUCACACCUUCCAUUCACUCCUUCCAUUCACACCUUCCAUUCACUCCUUCCAUUCACUCCUUCCAUUCACUCCUUCCAUUCACUCCUUCCAUUCACUCCUUCCAUUCACUCCUUCCAUUCACUCCCUCCAUUCACUCCUUCCAUUCACUCCUUCCAUUCACUCCUUCCAUUCACUCCUUCCAUUCACUCCUUCCAUUCACUCCUUCCAUUCACUCCUUCCAUUCACUCCUUCCAUUCACUCCUUCCAUUCACUCCUUCCAUUCACUCCUUCCAUUCACACCUUCCAUUCACUCCUUCCAUUCACACCUUCCAUUCACUCCUUCCAUUCACACCUUCCAUUCACUCCUUCCAUUCACUCCUUCCAUUCACUCCUUCCAUUCACUCCUUCCAUUCACUCCUUCCAUUCACUCCUUCCAUUCACUCCUUCCAUUCACUCCUUCCAUUCACUCCUUCCAUUCACUCCUUCCAUUCACUCCUUCCAUUCACUCCUUCCAUUCACUCCUUCCAUUCACUCCUUCCAUUCACUCCUUCCAUUCACUCCUUCCAUUCACUCCUUCCAUUCACUCCUUCCAUUCACUCCUUCCAUUCACUCCUUCCAUUCACUCCUUCCAUUCACUCCUUCCAUUCACACCUUCCAUUCACUCCUUCCAUUCACUCCUUCCAUUCACUCCUUCCAUUCACUCCUUCCAUUCACUCCUUCCAUUCACUCCUUCCAUUCACUCCUUCCAUUCACUCCUUCCAUUCACUCCUUCCAUUCACUCCUUCCAUUCACUCCUUCCAUUCACUCCUUCCAUUCACUCCUUCCAUUCACUCCUUCCAUUCACUCCUUCCAUUCACUCCUUCCAUUCACUCCUUCCAUUCACUCCUUCCAUUCACUCCUUCCAUUCACUCCUUCCAUUCACUCCUUCCAUUCACAUCCUUCCAUUCACUCCUUCCAUUCACUCCUUCCAUUCACUCCUUCCAUUCACAUCCUUCCAUUCACUCCUUCCAUUCACUCCUUCCAUUCACUCCUUCCAUUCACUCCUUCCAUUCACUCCUUCCAUUCACUCCUUCCAUUCACUCCUUCCAUUCACUCCUUCCAUUCACUCCUUCCAUUCACUCCUUCCAUUCACUCCUUCCAUUCACUCCUUCCAUUCACUCCUUCCAUUCACUCCUUCCAUUCACUCCUUCCAUUCACUCCUUCCAUUCACUCCUUCCAUUCACUCCUUCCAUUCACUCCUUCCAUUCACUCCUUCCAUUCACUCCUUCCAUUCACUCCUUCCAUUCACUCCUUCCAUUCACUCCUUCCAUUCACUCCUUCCAUUCACUCCUUCCAUUCACUCCUUCCAUUCACUCCUUCCAUUCACUCCUUCCAUUCACAUCCUUCCAUUCACUCCUUCCAUUCACUCCUUCCAUUCACUCCUUCCAUUCACUCCUUCCAUUCACUCCUUCCAUUCACUCCUUCCAUUCACUCCUUCCAUUCACUCCUUCCAUUCACUCCUUCCAUUCACUCCUUCCAUUCACUCCUUCCAUUCACUCCUUCCAUUCACUCCUUCCAUUCACUCCUUCCAUUCACUCCUUCCAUUCACUCCUUCCAUUCACUCCUUCCAUUCACUCCUUCCAUUCACUCCUUCCAUUCACUCCUUCCAUUCACUCCUUCCAUUCACUCCUUCCAUUCACUCCUUCCAUUCACUCCUUCCAUUCACUCCUUCCAUUCACUCCUUCCAUUCACUCCUUCCAUUCACUCCUUCCAUUCACUCCUUCCAUUCACUCCUUCCAUUCACACCUUCCAUUCACUCCUUCCAUUCACACCUUCCAUUCACUCCUUCCAUUCACUCCUUCCAUUCACUCCUUCCAUUCACUCCUUCCAUUCACUCCUUCCAUUCACUCCUUCCAUUCACUCCUUCCAUUCACUCCUUCCAUUCACUCCUUCCAUUCACUCCUUCCAUUCACUCCUUCCAUUCACUCCUUCCAUUCACUCCUUCCAUUCACUCCUUCCAUUCACUCCUUCCAUUCACUCCUUCCAUUCACUCCUUCCAUUCACUCCUUCCAUUCACUCCUUCCAUUCACUCCUUCCAUUCACUCCUUCCAUUCACUCCUUCCAUUCACUCCUUCCAUUCACUCCUUCCAUUCACUCCUUCCAUUCACUCCUUCCAUUCACUCCUUCCAUUCACUCCUUCCAUUCACUCCUUCCAUUCACUCCUUCCAUUCACUCCUUCCAUUCACUCCUUCCAUUCACUCCUUCCAUUCACUCCUUCCAUUCACACCUUCCAUUCACUCCUUCCAUUCACACCUUCCAUUCACUCCUUCCAUUCACUCCUUCCAUUCACUCCUUCCAUUCACUCCUUCCAUUCACUCCUUCCAUUCACUCCUUCCAUUCACUCCUUCCAUUCACUCCUUCCAUUCACUCCUUCCAUUCACUCCUUCCAUUCACUCCUUCCAUUCACUCCUUCCAUUCACUCCUUCCAUUCACUCCUUCCAUUCACUCCUUCCAUUCACUCCUUCCAUUCACUCCUUCCAUUCACUCCUUCCAUUCACUCCUUCCAUUCACUCCUUCCAUUCACUCCUUCCAUUCACUCCUUCCAUUCACUCCUUCCAUUCACUCCUUCCAUUCACUCCUUCCAUUCACUCCUUCCAUUCACUCCUUCCAUUCACUCCUUCCAUUCACUCCUUCCAUUCACACCUUCCAUUCACUCCUUCCAUUCACACCUUCCAUUCACACCUUCCAUUCACACCUUCCAUUCACUCCUUCCAUUCACUCCUUCCAUUCACUCCUUCCAUUCACUCCUUCCAUUCACUCCUUCCAUUCACUCCUUCCAUUCACUCCUUCCUUCCCAUUCACUCCUUCCAUUCACUCCUUCCAUUCACUCCUUCCAUUCACUCCUUCCAUUCACUCCUUCCAUUCACUCCUUCCAUUCACUCCUUCCAUUCACUCCUUCCAUUCACUCGUUCCAUUCACUCCUUCCAUUCACUCCUUCCAUUCACUCCUUCCAUUCACACCUUCCAUUCACUCCUUCCAUUCACUCCUUCGAUUCACUCCUUCCAUUCACUCCUUCCAUUCACUCCUUCCAUUCACUCCUUCCAUUCACUCCUUCCAUUCACUCCUUCCAUUCACUCCUUCCAUUCACUCCUUCCAUUCACUCCUUCCAUUCACACCUUCCAUUCACUCCUUCCAUUCACACCUUCCAUUCACUCCUUCCAUUCACUCCUUCCAUUCACUCCUUCCAUUCACUCCUUCCCUCCAUUCACUCCUUCCAUUCACUCCUUCCAUUCACUCCUUCCAUUCACUCCUUCCAUUCACUCCUUCCAUUCACUCCUUCCAUUCACUCCUUCCAUUCACUCCUUCCAUUCACUCCUUCCAUUCACUCCUUCCAUUCACAUCCUUCCAUUCACUCCUUCCAUUCACUCCUUCCAUUCACAUCCUUCCAUUCACUCCUUCCAUUCACUCCUUCCAUUCACUCCUUCCAUUCACUCCUUCCAUUCACUCCUUCCAUUCACAUCCUUCCAUUCACUCCUUCCAUUCACAUCCUUCCAUUCACUCCUUCCAUUCACUCCUUCCAUUCACUCCUUCCAUUCACUCCUUCCAUUCACUCCUUCCAUUCACUCCUUCCAUUCACUCCUUCCAUUCACUCCUUCCAUUCACUCCUUCCAUUCACUCCUUCCAUUCACUCCUUCCAUUCACUCCUUCCAUUCACUCCUUCCAUUCACUCCUUCCAUUCACUCCUUCCAUUCACUCCUUCCAUUCACUCCUUCCAUUCACUCCUUCCAUUCACUCCUUCCAUUCACUCCUUCCAUUCACUCCUUCCAUUCACUCCUUCCAUUCACUCCUUCCAUUCACUCCUUCCAUUCACUCCUUCCAUUCACUACCUUCCAUUCACUCCUUCCAUUCACAUCCUUCCAUUCACUCCUUCCAUUCACUCCUUCCAUUCACUCCUUCCAUUCACUCCUUCCAUUCACUCCUUCCAUUCACUCCUUCCAUUCACUCCUUCCAUUCACUCCUUCCAUUCACUCCUUCCAUUCACUCCUUCCAUUCACUCCUUCCAUUCACAUCCUUCCAUUCACUCCUUCCAUUCACUCCUUCCAUUCACUCCUUCCAUUCACUCCUUCCAUUCACUCCUUCCAUUCACUCCUUCCAUUCACUCCUUCCAUUCACUCCUUCCAUUCACACCUUCCAUUCACUCCUUCCAUUCACACCUUCCAUUCACUCCUUCCAUUCACACCUUCCAUUCACUCCUUCCAUUCACUCCUUCCAUUCACUCCUUCCAUUCACUCCUUCCAUUCACUCCUUCCAUUCACACCUUCCAUUCACUCCUUCCAUUCACUCCUUCCAUUCACUCCUUCCAUUCACUCCUUCCAUUCACACCUUCCAUUCACUCCUUCCAUUCACACCUUCCAUUCACUCCUUCCAUUCACUCCUUCCAUUCACUCCUUCCAUUCACUCCUUCCAUUCACUCCUUCCAUUCACUCCUUCCAUUCACUCCUUCCAUUCACUCCUUCCAUUCACUCCUUCCAUUCACUCUUUCCAUUCACUCCUUCCAUUCACUCUUUCCAUCCUCUCCCUCAUUCUCCCUCAACCCCCCCACAAUGCCCCAGGCUCGCCAGACACACGCCUGUCGCAAGUCCGACUUGCACCUGACAUGGAAGCAGCGGUUGGACAUCGCCUGUGGAGCAGCCAGGGGGUUCGCCUACCUGCACCAUCAGAUCAAGCCGCCUAUCAUUCACCGAGACGUGAAGACCGCCAACAUCCUAAUCACAGCAGCGGGGGAGGCAAAGGUGGCAGACUUUGGGAUCUCCAAGGCGGUGAUGGAGGGGGAGCAGAUGGACACGCAGGUCAAGGGCACCGUGGGCUACCUGGACCCCGAGUACUACAUGUCAGAUCUCCUGACCGAGAAGAGCGACGUGUUCAGCUUCGGCAUCGUGCUGCUCGAGAUCGCCACGGGCCUCCGGCCAAUCAGUGACAACCAGCACAUCCGUCAGCUGGUCAUCAAGCGCGUCAUGUCGGGCGGCAGGGGCGCGACAGCUGUCAUCGACCCUGCGCUGCUGACUGCGGUAGGGGGAGCGAUGGAGGGAGGAGGAGGGAAUGUGGAGGUGGUAGUGGAUGCCGCUGGGCAAUCCCAAGGGGGAAGCUUAGGUGGUGUUCCCGAGGAGGUGGAGGCGACGUUUGAGUGGUUUCUCAAGCUGGGCAUGCGGUGCAGCGCCAGGCUGUCGCAGGCCCGCCCCACCAUGCAACACGUGGCAGCUGAGCUGGACGCCAUGCGGGCGAGGGUUAUCCAGAUUAGUUAUUUCCAAAUGGCCGCCCGGGAAUAUCAGGAACGGGUGGAGAGCACGUCCUUCAGCACGGUGAAUGGCCGCCCGGGAAGGUACGGAAAGGGUGGAGAGCACGUCCUUCUGCACGGUGAAUGGACGCGCCAAGAGGAGCCGCAUGACUUAUUUUUCCCACCCACUUCCUUCUUAUGGAUGGCGGAUAUGACAAAACAGGCCGUUCAGGAUCAUACGGAAAGGGUGGAGAGCACUUCCUUCAGCACGGUGAAUGGAAGCGUCAAGAGGAGCCGCAUGACUGCAUUCUCCGAUUUCUCCGAGGACGCAGCCUUAGAAAAGAAAAACGCGGCGGAUGAGGCGAUCUCCCUCCUCUACGCCGGCCUCUGCAUUCCUGCACAGCACGCUGAUCACCCGCUUUGGCGCAACGCGGUGCAAGCCAUUGCACGUGCGGGAAGCAGCUACAUCCCUCCCGAUCGCCGCCACAUCGGUAGCUCUGGAUUGAAGCAGUCCCGAGUAUUGAUCGAGCGGGAAUUGGAGCCCGUUGCAGCGAGCUGGAAGCGGCAUGGCGUCACCCUCGCAAUUGACACGAUGACGGAUAGGCGCGGCCGUUCGCAAGCCAAUGUGUGGCUGAUCAACGACUCUGGGCGCGUGUUCAUGGAGAGCAUUGACUGCAGCAUGUACUGCAGUAUGGAGGGCCGCAGUAAGGACGAUUGCAGGAAGGAGGACUGCAGUGUGGAGGGCCGCAGUAAGGUCGAUUGCAGGAAGGAGGACUGCAGUGUGGAGGGCCGCAGUAAGGUCGAUUGCAGGAAGGAGGACUGCAGUGUGGAGGGCCGCAGUAAGGUCGAUUGCAGGAAGGAGGACUGCAGUGUGGAGGGCCGCAGUAAGGUCGAUUGCAGGAAGGAGGACUGCAGUGUGGAGGGCCGCAGUAAGGUCGAUUGCAGGAAGGAGGACUGCAGUGUGGAGGGCCGCAGUAAGGUCGAUUGCAGGAAGGAGGACUGCAGUGUGGAGGCCGAGACAUCCGACUACAUUCGCAGAACCCUACGGGCGAUUGUGGAGAAGGUCGGGCCCGAGAGCAUUGUUGCUCUCUGCAUGGACGGUGGGAGUAGCUACGCUGGUGCUUGCACGGAAUUGAUACGCGAGUGGCCGCAUAUUGAGUAUGUGCCUUCUGCUGUUCAUGCGUUGAAUCGAAUGAUGGAGGAGAUUGGGAAGAUGGCAUGGGCCAAGGGGGUGGUUGACAGGACGGAUGAGCUUAUUGGGUUUCUCCGUAUCCACGGCGGCGCGAUACGCUACUGCCUGAAGAGCAUAGGACAGCCCGAUGGCAAGGUGUUGCAAGUGUUGAGGUCGCGAAACGCAAGGUUCGGAGCACAGUACGUUGCUGUGUCUAGCCUUUGUGAGCUUCGGCCGCAGCUGGCGCGGAUGGUGUCGAGCGAAGCAUGGAAGGUGUGGUUUACAGAGACGAAGCAGAAGGCGAAGGAGGAGGCUGAGGGAUUCGCCACGUUUGUCGGGGACUCAGCGUGGUGGAAGGCUGCUGAGUUGUUCUCGAAGCUGAUGAAGCUAGUGUAUGCGGUGAUGCAGGAGACGGCUUCGAGCGGCAACGCAAUGAUGGGUCGGAUGUAUGACAUGGUGCUGCAAUUGUCACAAGAUGUGGAUGAGGUACUGAAGGGAGAUGGAGAGUUGUUGAGUGAAGCGGAGAAGGAUGGAAUUUCGGAGCUUGUGAAGGAGAGGUGGCUCGGGAGCUUUGCGUGUACUUUGCACGUGGUGGGCCAGAUCCUCAAUCCGGCCAACCAGGAUCGUGAGAUUUUCGGUAGGGACCCAGAAAUAUCAAGGGCCUUCAAGGCCUACAUUGACAGCCACAGCAAAUUCCUUGCGCGAAACUGGAAUCUUUCGGCUUUUCUGGACAGUGUUUUUAACUUCGCUCGUGAGGGAGUGGAGAGGAGGACUUCUUCGGCCCUGGAAGACGGUUUUUUCGCAUUCGGGAAUUCGAUUCAUGGUAGAUUUCAUUCGUGUGACGCGCGGGCUGAGCGGGAUGCAGUGAGGGAAGGGAAGCUCAGCAUGGUGCAGUGGUGGACUAAUCACAGCUGUGACCACCCUGAGAUCACGGGCCUUGCAUGCCGGGUUCUCUCUCAGCCCGUGUCUGCAGCGACUUGCGAUUGGAACUGGACAGAGUGGGAUUCAGUACGCACUAGCCGGCGCAAGAAGUUGGGUUUCAAAAAGUGCACCGAUAUGGCAUACAUUGCGCACAACUGGCCGGCGGUGCAAAACAGGGGGGACGGUUCUCGAGAGGGGCUGGAGGUGGCAGCAGAGGAUAGCCUUGACUCUCCCGUCUCUGCGGAGCAUGCUGCGGUCGAGGAAUUGGUAGAGGAGGAGGAGGAGGAGGAGGAGGAGGAGGAGGAGGAGGAGGAGGAGGAGGAGGAGGAGGAGGAGGAGGAGGAGGAGGAGGAGGAGGAGGAAAAGGAGGAGGAGGAGCAGGAGGAGGAUGAGGAAAAGGAGGAGGAGGAGCAGGAGGAUGAGGAGUAA